UGUGGGCAACAUAGCGAGACCUUAUCUCUAAUUUAAAAAAUAUUGUAGAAACCUAGAAAUGUAAAUUCUCUUUCUCAGAAUCUGUAUUUUUAAGGCAUGCCAGUGUGUUUUCUAAGUCAUUUAAUUAAAAGUAUACUUUAAACUCUUCAUCUAAAUGAAGAAUGCAGGUUUUACCCCAAGUAAACAACCAGUUGUGGAAGCAGAGACUCUUAAUAAGCAUAUGGGAGCAACAAAGACAGUAACUGGACAACAAGAAAAUGAUAUUGGCAUUAUUGAACAAGCUCCACAAGAUCAAACAAAUAAGAUGCCCACAUCAGAAUCAGGACAAAAAGAAGAUACACAAUCACCUUCAGAUGCUGAGAGUCUCCUUGAGAGUUCUGCAAAGAUUCAAGUGUGUAUACCUGAGUCUAUAUAUCAAAAAGUAAUGGAGAUAAAUAGAGAAGUAGAAGAGCCUCCUGAGAAGCCAUCUGCCUUCAAGCCUGCCAUUGAAAUGCAAAAGUCUGUUCCAAAUAAAGCCUUUGAAUUGAAGAAUGAACAAACAUUGAGAGCAGAUCAGAUGUUCCCAUCAGAAUCCAAACAAAAGGACAAUGAAGAAAAUUCUUGGGAAUCUGAGAGUCUCCAUGAAACUGUUUCAUAGAAGGAUGUGUGUUUACCCAAGGCUACACAUCAAAAAGAAAUCGAUAAAAUAAGUGGAAAAUUAGAAGAGUCUCCUGGUAAAGAUGGUCUUCUGAAGGCUACGUGUGGAAUGAAAGUUUCUAUUCAAAAUAAAGCCUUAGAAUUGAAGGACAUACAAACAUUCAAAGCAGAGCCUCAUGAGAAGCCAUCUGCCUUCAAGCCUGCCAUUGAAAUGUAAAAGUCUGUUCCAAAUAAAGCCUUCGAGUUGAAGAAUGAACAAACAUUGAGAGCAGAUCAGAUGUUCCCAUCAGAAUACAAACAAAAGGACAAAGAAGAAAAUUCUUGGGAUUCUGAGAGUCUCCGUGAGACUCUUUCACAGAAGGAUGUGUAUUUACCCAAGGCUACACAUCAAAAAGAAAUCGAUAAAAUAUUUGGAAAAUUAGAAGAUUCAACUAGCCUAUCAAAAAUCUUGGAUGCAGUUCAUUCUGGUAAGAGAACAAGGGAACUUGCUUACAGCAAAAUGGAACAAAUGAAAAGAAGUGUACUAAAAAAACAACUGUCAGAAGCAAAAGAAAUAAAAUCAGAGAACCAAAAAGUUAAAUGGGAACAAGAGCUCUGCAGUGUGAGAUUGACUUUAAACCAAGAAGAAGAGAAGAGAAGAAAUGCCGAUAUAGUAAAUGAAAAAAUUAGGGAAGAAUUAGGAAGAAUCGAAGAGCAGCAUAGGAAAGAGUUAGAAGUAAAACAACAACUUGAAGAGGCUCUCAGAAUACAAGAUAUGGAAUUGAACAGUGUAAGAAGUAAUUCGAAUCAGGUUUCUCACCCUCAUAAAAAUGAAAAUGAUCUCUUACAUGAAAAUUCCAUGUUGAAAAAGGAAAUUGCCAUGCUAAAACUGGAAAUAGCCACACUGAAACACCAAUACCAGGAAAAGGAAAAUAAAUACUUUGAGGACAUUAAGAUUUUAAAAGAAAAGAAUGCUGAACUUCAGAUGACCCUAAAACUGAAAGAGGAAACAUUAACUAAAAGGGCAUCUCAAUAUAGUGGGCAGCUUAAAGUUCUGAUAGCUGAGAACACAAUGCUCACUUCUAAAUUGAAGGAAAAACAAGACGAAGAAAUACUAGACACAGAAAUUGAAUCAUACCAUCCUAGACUGGCUUCUGCUGUACAAGACCGUGAUCAAAUUGUGACAUCAAGAAAAAGCCAAGAACUUACUUUCCACAUUGCAGGAGAUGCUUGUUUGCAAGGAAAAAUGAAUGUUGAUGUGAAUAAUACAAUAUGUAACAAUGAGGUGCUCCAUCAACCACUUUCUGAAACUCAGAGGAAAUCCAAAAGCCUAAAAAUUAUCGAUUAUGCAGGAGAUGCUCUAAGAGAAAAUACAUUGGUUUCAGAACAUGCACAAAGAGACCAACGUGAACAGUGUCAGAUGAAGAAAGCUGAACACAUGUAUCAAAACGAGCAAGAUGAUGUGAACAAACACGCUGAACAGCAGGAGUCUCUAGAGCAGAAAUUAUUUCAACUACAAAGCAAAAAUAUGUGGCUUCGACAGCAAUUAGUUCAUGCACAUAAGAAAGCUGAUAAAAAAAGCAAGAUAACAAUUAAUAUUCAGUUUCUUGAGAGGAAAAUGCAACAUCAUCUCCUAAAAGAGAAAAAUGAGGAGGUAUUUAAUUACGUUAACCAUUUAAAAGACCGUAUAUAUCAAUAUGAAAAAGAGAAAGCAGAAAGAGAAGUCAUUGUGAGAAAACUUCAAAAAAACUUGGCUGAUCUCAAUAAACAGUGUGUGUCUGAGGCUUCACUAGAGGUUACAUCACAUUAUCACAUUAAUCUCAAAGAUGAGAUACAGGAUUUAAUGAAGAAAUGAUCUCAAAUCAAAAGUCAAAACUCAUGAGAGACAAGCAGAGACCAGUAAGAAACUUCUUUUGGAGAAACAACAGACCAGAUC